AUGUUGAAACAAUUUAGUAUUGCGGCAAAGAACGCCACUAGGCUUCCUUAUAUGAUGGCUGCUAGAGCUGUCAGACCUUCUGCUUUUACCCCGGUGAGGUUUACGAGAUUUGUUUCGACUGGUUCGCCACUAACAAAGGAAGAUGUUUUGGCAAGAACGGUUUCAGUAUUGAAGUCAUUUGACUUGAAGAACAGUGGUGAUAAGAUAGGUUUGAACACACAGUUCACUAAAGAUUUGGGUAUGGAUUCUUUGGAUUACAAUGACGCAUUAGUUGCUUUAGAGGAAGAGUUUGACGUUGUCUUUGAUGAUAAGUCUGCCAACGAGAUUAAGACUGUGGGUGAAACUGUGAACUAUGUUCUCAAGAAUUAUCUUCCAGAACAGCAGGAUUUGGACAGGGAGGUCCGUUAA